UCAAUUUCUGAGCUCUUGUUUCAUGUUUACGUAGCUGACCGUUUAUGGAAGGAAGGCAGUGAAGCAAGGCACCCCGAAGCAAACAUCAUAGUGCUGAUAGCGUCAGUGGCGGUGGUGUCAGCAGGUAGCCAGGGCAACAUCUUUGCCACGUCAGUCCUGCGAAGCCUGCGUUUCCUGCAGAUCCUACGAAUGGUGCGAAUGGACCGAAGGGGAGGCACCUGGAAGCUGUUGGGCUCUGUAGUCUACGCACACAGCAAGGAACUGGUAACCGCCUGGUACAUCGGCUUCUUGGUCCUCAUCUUCUCUUCGUUCCUUGUCUACCUUGUGGAGAAUAAGUUCAACAAUGAGUUUGCUACGUAUGCGGAUGCCUUGUGGUGGGGCACGAUCACCCUGACAACCAUCGGCUACGGAGACAAGACGCCAAAGACGUGGACGGGGCGGAUGCUGUCCGCGGGGUUCGCCCUCCUCGGCAUCUCCUUCUUUGCCUUGCCAGCUGGUAUUCUGGGUUCAGGCUUUGCCCUGAAGGUCCAGGAGCAGCACAGACAGAAGCACUUUGAGAAGAGAAGAAACCCAGCGGCCUACCUCAUCCAGUGUGUUUGGCGUAGUUAUGCGGCUGAUGAGAACUCGGUUUCCAUUGCUACCUGGAAGCCUCACUUGAAGGCGUUGCAUACCUGCAGCCCUACAAAGAAGGAGCAGGGAGAGUCGACCACAAGUAAAAAUCAUAGUAAUAAACAGAAGCUACUGAGGAGGUGUACUGCUCGGAAACAUAGCCAGAAGUUGAGUUUCAAGGAGCGGGUGAGGAUGGCGAGCCCCCGAGGUCAGAGCAUCAAGAAUAGGCAGACGUCAUCAGUGAACGACAGGCGCUCUCCGGUGGCUGACGCUGGCACAGAGGGCACCAGUCCCGCCAAGGUUCAGAAGAGCUGGAGCUUUAACGACCGCACGCGGUUCAGACCGUCGCUCCGCCUCAAGAGUCAGUCCCGCUCCACCACUGAUGCAGACUCCAACAUUACAGCGGAGGACGGUUUUGAUGAGAAGGGCUGUCACUGCGACAUCUCAGUGGAGGACUUGCAGCCCUCGGUCAAGUCUGUCAUCCGAGCUGUCAGGAUCAUGAAGUUUCAUGUAGCCAAGAAGAAGUUUAAGGAGACGCUGCGUCCGUAUGAUGUGAAGGACGUGAUCGAACAGUACUCUGCCGGUCACCUGGACAUGCUGUGCCGCAUCAAGAGCCUGCAGACCAGGCUGGACAUGAUAGUAGGCCCACAGCCCCUGAGCAGCCGAGCCAAGGCCUUUUCCUCCCCCUCCCUGUCUGUCUAUUACAGCCAGGGGAGGAAGAACUCCACCCAGGGGGUGGACCAAAUCCUUGGGAAGGGCCAAAUUCCUCUGGAUAAGAAGAUUAGAGACAAGCUGCUCUCUGAUGGCGAUAUACUGGAGGACAUGAGCAUGCUGGGUCGCGUCUGUAAGGUGGAGCGACAGGUCCGUCCUCUGGGUUUUGUUCUUAAAAUUUCAGGAGGUUGA